CCUGAUAUAUACUGUGUAGUCGUCGAAGCCGGUACUUCUUCUUGUAGGUAGUUCUAAACUCGUAUAACAUUGGAGUCUUGUGUGCGCCAGGCGCCGUGCAUGACAAUUGGACAGUGCAGCACUAUAUUAAACGCCGAUUGCAAGUAUUAAAGUACUACACAGGGACUCCAAAUUGGGCGAAUAGAAAGCCAAAUAAAAUUGAUUCCUGUGGGAUGCGAUUCUCGCGGUCGCUUCCGUCAGAUAAUUAUAAGGUACCACCAUGCACAGCUGAAAGUACAUCUUGUACUUAUUUGUUAAUAAUUACGAUCCCAAGUAAUGCAACUGACCUAUCGCACUACAUGAAACAUCUAUUGAAUGUUUGACUAAUUCCAUAGACAUCGGAUUGCGUAUCGCUUUUGUACCGUUCUAGGCGAAUGCGGUAGAUUGGAAGAACCAGUUUUCUAAUCCUGUACGUGUAUCCACCUCGCGUGCCACCUUGAGACUGUUUUUCGCAAGGUUACUCCGUAAGAACCAGUAUAGUUCUAAAGAGAAUAGUCUCUAUAUCUUAAAUAUUCUCGUGUAGUACCAGUAACAGUAUUUUGUGCCAAGUGUUGCUAGUUUUCUGUUAUGAUUAAUUGCUAGCAAGAACUGUUUGCUGUAGAUCUACGUACAUAAUUCUAUAAUAACUGAUAACGUAUGCACUAAAAUUCCCUCUUCAGAUGUUAAUAAUGACUUUAAUUGUCAAAACCGUUGUUAUAUAUAUUUCUGCCGUUAAUGCUAAAACGUUCCAAAGUGCACCGGCCAUACCGACCAUGGAAUACGUUGGUGGCUUAUUUCCGGCCAAUGAAUCCACCAUCGUUGAUCCGGGCCAAACGCGAUUUACGGGCGGCCAUGGAUUCUCCUUGGAAUACCGGAUAAUGGCCACCGUGCUCCACACUUUUAUUUUCGUUUUGGGUCUAUGCGGCAACGUUGCGACAAUUAUUGUGUCAUUACGCACGAAGAGUCUACAAUCACCCCCAUACCGCUAUUUUGUAUCGCUGGCAUUUGCCGAUCUGCUCGUCUUGAUAUCUGCAGUCCCGGAAGCCAUCGUUUUCCACAAUUUCGGCAGGCACUGGAUGGCGGGGCAGUUGGCAUGUUCUCUGCUUGUUUACACAAAUUUUCUCGGGAUCAACGCCGGCAGUAUCAGCAUUUUCGCUUUUACAAUGGAGACAUAUAUUGCGGUGUGCCGACCGCUGAUUGCCAGCCGGUUCUGUACGCUGGAAGCCACAAAGAAAAUCAUCCUCGUCCUGUGGAUUACUGCUGUCUUUUACUGUGCACCAUGGCUGGCGCUGACAGAAGUGAAGCCGCAUCCAUUCCAGGCUGACCAAAAGAUCUGCGAUUUCCGCUUAUCCAAAGAACAAUAUGUCUACUAUUUUACCAUUGACCUGAUUUUGUUCUAUGUGCUGCCAUUGCUGACUUCCUUAAUUAUUUACUGCAAAAUCAUCCAUGUUCUGCAUCAGAGUGCCGAGCAGCGGAGACUUUCCGGAUUAGGGCAACAGCCACGCGGUGCCGAAGGAGAUAUUACAGAUAAUGCGGAAGCCGAAGAUAAUGCCGGCAAUGACCUUUCUGAAACCACGCCGGUUACCCUUAACGGACAUGACGAUUCGUACAAUUUCCAGCGGCUGGAGCAACCGCGCGUUCGGGCUCGUGCACAUAUACUAUGGAUGCUUAUAGUCAUUGUGGUCCUGUUUGCUGUUUCAUGGCUUCCGUAUCGCGGACUACUUAUUUACAACACGUUUCUAGAAGAGCCAUGGUUAAAUCUGUGGUAUCUGCUGUUUGCCAAGACGCUGAUCUACCUGAAUUCGGCAAUGAAUCCAUUCCUUUACAGUGCAAUGAGCCGGCGAUUUCGGCGUGCAAUGGCGAAUACUUUAUGCUGCCGAUCACUCAACUAUAACGAUGCACUGGAAGACAUUCCCCUGGAAAACACCCGGGUUGAACCUAUUGUUCUCAAAGAAUACGCCCACAAAACCCAAAUUUCCUCGGAAGCUGACGGCAAAAUGGAGUCGGUAGUGUCCUACUCGUAGGCGAUGCGUCAGCCGACACGUACUCACAAACAUCCCACUAUUAUCCACAAGAGGAAUUAGCUUUCAUUUCAAACGAUAACAAUCCUCAAUUGAUCAUGAUUAGACAUCCAUUUCCGAUGAGAAAGAUUGCGCUCUCUCAUUAUCCACUCGCGAAAAUCCCUUCCGCUGUGAUCUUGAAGGUCAUGGAGGUCGACGGCAGACACGGUGAAAACAGAACGCACAUUUCGCGGUGUGGCGAAAAGGAGGGCGAUGCGCGGGAUUCUGAGUUAUACGUCUUACGAAGCAUAAUCCGCGUGGAGACAAAAUUAGCCCAGGCGAUUCCCAGUGCCGGUACGACACUAUUCCCCGGUGGCCCAUGGAGAUCGCUGCUCUGCACAGCAUCCGAAAUCUACAAAAUAUUCCGUGCUCAACUUAAAAAUAUUGAUGUUUUAUUGAACACAUUACUGCACUUACUAGAGUAGUAUUCCACUAAAUUUAUUAAUGCUCUAAUGCAUGCGAAACGAUUCGCCGAAUGCUAUAAUUUCUUACCACGCUGUGCGCAGGUCCUCCCUCGUGUAAUACAAUAUGUAUUUGAAAUAUUGAUUAACCUAUAGUUUCGUAUACUGCACGCUGCACCUUUUUAUGCAUGAAAAAAGCAGCUAAUCGCAUUAUGAACUGCAUGCAACUGAUGGGGUCAGAUGUUGAAUUCACAAUAUGGUGAAGUCUGGCUGCAGCAUGGUGUAUACGAUAUAUGUUAUUUCUUGUUGAACUGAUCUCAUUC